AUGAUGGAGGAUCUAAAUAAUAACACCAUGAAAAUUCCGGAAGUUACACUCCCUUUGGGUGCGAUUGAAGGCCAACAAUAUCAAACAAUUUACGCGCAAGAUUACUACAGUUUUGAAGGUAUACCCUAUGAAAAACCGCCCUUAGGAGAUUUUCGUUAAAGCCCUCAACCGAUUGAGCCUUGGAGCGGUGUCAAGGAUUAUACGCAAUGCGCUAGUAAACCGUUACAGAAGAACCGUUACUCGUACACAGGCAGUGUGGAGGGUUCGGAAGCUUGUCUAUAUUUAAAUGUAUAUACAAAAAAGCUACAUUCUGAUAAUCCCUUGCCGGUAUUAGUCUUUAUUUAUGGUGGCGGUUACAAUACAGGAGAAGCCACACGGAACCUUUACAGCCCGGACUACUUUAUGGGUGAGCAAGUGGUGCUGGUUACGCUCAAUUAUCGACUCUGUUCUUUGGGCUUCCUCAGUCUUGCUGAUCCUGCGUUACAAAUUCCCGGCAAUGCUGCAAUGAAAGAUCAAAUUCUCGCCCUCAAAUGGGUGAAACAGUAUUUCAGUCAUUUCAAUGGUGAUCCCAAUAACAUAACACUUUUUGGUGAAAGCGCCGGUGCUGGUAGCGCUCAUGCGAUUACGCUUAGCGCACAGUCAGAAGAUCUAUUUCAACGCGCCAUAUUUAUGUCGGGUAGCGCGCUAUGUUACUGUGUAAAUAUGCCACAAACUGAUAUGGCCUAUAGAUUAGCGAAAUUUCACGGCUACAAUGGUGAUAAUAUUGACGCAGUAGUUUUGAGUUUUCUACAACAGUUAGAACCAGCUAAGUUGGUGGAACAUUCUUUGCUCAACGAAGAGGAACGUAGAAGAUCAUACAUGUUUGCUUUUGGACCAAUCGUAGAGCCGUAUGUUAGUGAGGAUUGUGUAUUAUCAGAACGACCAUUCGAACUGUUAAAAAAUACUUGGAGUAAUCGAAUACCCAUGAUUUUUGGUGUGAAUUCCUUCGAAGGGCUGUAUAUUUAUCUGCGUGUUAAAAUGUUACCGAAAAUAAUUGGCAAGUUUAUAAAUGAUCCACAACGUAUUUUGCCGGAUGACAUUAAGGCUAUGCACGCACCGGAAGAACUUAAUAAAAUGGGUGAAAAAAUAUCAAAAUUAUUUUUAGGCACCAAAACGCCAAGUGAUCCCUCAAUCCUUGAAUUUCUCGAUAUUUAUAGCCACAAAAUGUUUUUACACGAUGUCCAUCGCACUAUUUUAGCACGUUUAACAUAUGCUAGACAACCCAUUUAUUUGUAUCGUUUCGAUUUUGACUCGCCCGAUUUUAAUUUAUAUCGUACUAAAUAUUGUGGCAGCGGUGUCCGGGGUACGUGUCAUGCUGAUGAUUUAGCGUAAACAUUUUACUCAAAUGAUUCUUGGAAACUCAAUAUGGAUUCGGCAGAAUAUAAGACUAUUCGAAGAAUGAUUGGUUUAUUAACAACUUUUGCAACUAACUCUGAUCCUAAUUGUGAUGAAAUUAAACCGAUCGUCUGGAGAGCUUUAGAGAAUUCUAAACCGAAUGUAGCUUUGAAUAUCAGUUAUGAUUUGAAAAUGAUGGAUCUACCGGAGGCUGAUAAGUUGAAAGCGCUGGAUGACUUAUUUACAAACAGAAAGGAUUUGUACUAAAGACUUAGUGAGAAUACGCAAAUCAAAAUAAACAAAUACAUAUGUACCGCUAUCUACACUUAAUAGAAGCUUAUAAUACGAAUACUCAAAAUAGUAUUUAGUAUAAAUUUUUCUAUUUUAUUAUGUAAAAAUAUUGGAAAUAUUUAAAAGCAAAGAUUUCAGGAAUUGUGGUCUUGAAACUUUCAAGAAACUGUCAUAAAGCAUUUUAAAGGUUAAUUAUUAUAUAUUUAAGAAAUAUAAGUAGCAAAGGCAACAAAGAGGGGGAAUGUAUAAAUUCUAAGAUUAUUGAACUAAUAGUAUAUGUUUAUUCACUUUAUAUGGUGAGUUGUCCGAAAUAUUGGACUUGUAUGUGCAUCAAGGCAAUUAAAAAUGAAAUAUUAAUACUUUUAUUAUUAUAAUAAAUUACAAAUAGCAUCAUUAGCACGGUAAAGGAAUCCAUGUAGCGCUUAAAAUUAUCCCAAGAAGUGGGCCUAUUAAUUGAAUCUCUAGAUCAUAACUCGUUAGCUUCCAUGUACUAAGCUUUGAGCUAAUACGCAAUGUGAAUAAUCUAGCCUGAGAAGCCUGCAACGACUAAUCAAUUGAAAACUCAACUGUUUGGUGAGGCGAUGCCGCUUAUAUUGAAAAUACAAACUUUGACCGACCGGUAGUUCACACGUAGAAUAAGUAAAGAGCAGAUGUAGAGUAACCAAGAAAAUCAGUGUAACUAUUGGAUUUAUUUGCUCAAGUACUAUUGCUUAGAGAUGCCUUAGUACUGCUAUUAUUUUCAAAUUUAAGCUUAAAGGAAUAUAUAAAAC